GUCACGUGAUCUAACAUGUCUGCCUUCCAUUUGCCCUGAUCGGAUUGCGAGCCGCCCUGAAAUUAUUUUUGAAGUGGUAAGGCGCGGAUCAGCAGCAGGUGUUUGUCGCCGAAGCAGCGUGCGUGCGCCGCCCGUAAAAAGACGAUGAGCGACGACGAGCACUUCGACUUUCUCUUCAAGAUCGUUCUGAUCGGCGACUGUGGCGUCGGCAAAACUUGCGUCGUCCACCGCUUCAAGAGCGGAAUGUACGUCGAGCGUCACGGCAACACGAUCGGCGUCGACUUCGCCAUGAAGACGCUCACUGUCGAAGGCAAGAAAGUCAAGCUCCAGAUAUGGGACACGGCGGGACAAGAGCGCUUCCGGACAAUCACCCAGAGCUACUACCGCAGCGCCAACGGCGUCAUCAUUGUUUACGACAUCACCAAGAGGUCGUCAUUCCUGAGCCUACCGCGCUGGGUCGAAGAAGUACGGAGGUACACGGGCUCGAACGUACCCCUGAUGCUUGUAGGAAACAAAUGCGACUCUGAAAGCUUGCGAGAAGUGACGCAGGAGGAGGCACAAGCCUUGGCCGACCAGUACCCCGAGUUUAUGGCCACCAUCGAGACGAGCGCCAAGGAGAACACCAACAUUGAGUCCCUGUUUGUCAUGCUCGCCACCGAACUCAAGAACACCCACGACGCCGUCGGACACUUGACCGAUGAGGACCUGCGGCGCAUCUCCCUCAACACGAGCAAGGUCGGACCCAAGAACGCGUGCUGCACAAAACUGUGAUGGGGCUAACGAAAAUCUCCCCUUCAAGAAGGAGAGAGUGCAACUGUAACGUUACGUCUUCUUUUUUCCCCUGUUCCAUCUUACGUGCUCCCUGCGAAGCAUUUUUUUUUUAAACGUACCCUCCUUCUUUUACUACCGAAGCAACGCAAUUUGGUAGCCGCGGUACCAACUUGUGCCACUAAUUCAGCUUGCCUCCCUCAUUGUGAGUAGCUGUGAUCAGCAAAAAUGAAAAAUUUGCAGCUUCUCAGACUAAAGGAUGCUGCACUGAAAGCAAACUUUGUUGGGAAGGUAAAAGGCGCAGUGUCUCUUGCCAGCUCCCAGGCAGAUCAAACAUAUCACCCUUCCUGAAAGUCUCUGCGGUUGUGAACACCCGCUGCCUUUCAACGUAUGGUCACACCUGUGUGGUGUCCUAACUGUAAAGAGUUCUUGUUUGUGGUCACUUAGUAUUGACUGUCGUUUAUGUCCUCCUAGGAAAAGUGCAGAACAUCUGGAAGGAGCGACUCAAACAGUGCCUUUUUCAGCCUUUUGGCAGUGCCGCAGUGCUGCACAAGACCAGCAGCACUCUUUAUUUUGCUUUUUGAGUGGGACUUACAAUGGGUUGUCUCUCAUAUCCCACAUUCGCAAUAAAGGUGUCACUUUUCAAAUGUGAUGCACUCGCCCGAAGACCCACUUGAGCCGGUGUCGAGUGCAUCUUUUAUAGCUUAUAAGACUACACCUACUGACAUAACACUCAGGAUACAUUUCCAUGAGUUUUACUCGGCGUUUUUAUCCACUAGUCACACUUUUCUUCAUUGCCAUCGCAUCUGGCAAAGUCUCUUUGCUAGUUUUUAAGCUUCUAGGCAUUAAUACAUGUAAUUAAAUGUAAAGGGUUUUAUGACCUCUUCGCUGCUGCAGGCACGAAAUAUUAAAGUCGAUUAAAUCUGUGUGCAUUUCCUGAUUUAGAACCUGCUGCUAAGCCUUACGUCAUAAGUUUCCGUCCUGGUAAAAUGGAAGUGAAAUGUGAAGUUGUAUGGCACUUCGUUUUGGUGAAUAUUAAACAAUCCUAGGUUUUGAUGCUUAAUUAGGAGCUUCUUUUCAACACACGCAGACAGCUACAGCUCAACGUGGAUUGGGGUAUACAUCAGAGUUCAUCAGCCAGCCCUGCUGAAAGGCCUUAGCAAAUACCUUUGCUAUUGAUAUUGUUAAGGAUGUAGUGUGGCUUCAGCAUGGUAUUGCACCAAUUAUAUAAACCACCACUUUUUUGCUCAAUUUGAGUCUCCUACAGAAUGACUUUGCACCAUUUUCUGCCUUUGUGCAAAAGGUGUCAAGCUGGAUUGGCAAGUCCACAGAGCUGGCACAAACAGAGCCUUUAGUGCCAGGCAAGUGUGUUGUUGCUUGUGAUUGUUGUCACUGAAGUUAGCAUUGUCAGUAAUAUUGAAGCUAAAAUAGCUUCAGCACCACUUCUCUCAUUGCCGUUAAUGGCAGCACUUCCUUACUUGAAAUGCUAGCCCGAAUAAACGUGUUGCUGCAAACUUUUGUUUGAGGUUCAAAUUUUGAUGUUAAACUUGUCUAUGUCUGUUUGUACUGUAGCGAUUUCAUUACGGCUGUGUACAGUCCUCACGAGCUGAAAAACAACAAUAUAGGCCUUAGUUUUACGCCAGCUUUCAUUUCCAUCAUCUUCAUUUCAUAUCAUAUCACUGUAAUUUCGACUUUGAACACGUACAUCAUAACCAACGUUUAAUUUAGUAUCUGUACAGCCAUACAUAAGGCGAAAUGAUGUUCUAUCUUCAGCAGAAAUUUUAGAUUAACAGAGGGCCGAGUUGUGAGUUGUUAAUCGGUAUUUGUGGGGUCUUGAUGUCUCUCUGGUGUCCGUGUUCGUAUGGCUUGCCUCGCUAAUGUUUUGAGCAAUUGCUUAUGCUACUUAUGCUCAAAAUGUUGAUGUUUAAUUUAAGUACGUGAGCACUGUGAACUGCUUGAAAGCAUGGCAACAGGGGACAUCUUUAUGACAAGAAAACUCACAACAUCUAACGUGAUGAUCUGUUUUUGAUUUUUUUUGUCACUAUCCUGUUUCUAGUUAUAUUUCUUAAACAGCAAUUGAUGACUUGGCAAAGCAGCCCACUGGUAUCAAUAAUUACUGAACAAUUGUUUGUAACUGUGAGUUACUUAAUGAGUUGCUUUUGUGUGAGAGUUCUUAGACAAAUGCACAAGUUUCUGAGCCAACUGAGAUGUGGAUAUCGUUAAUGAACCAUGCUUAUCCUGUUGCUGCUGGCUAUCUUUUUAAAACGUCAACCUUAUGUCGCUAUCAUAGCCAUUCCAGAUGAGAAAGCGUUGCAAAUGUGAUGGUAACACAAGCAGAGAAAUACACUGGACAAGCCUGUGCUAGCUGUGCUGUUCUCUGCAUUGUGUUACGAUGUCCCACUCGUGCUUCUGUUGCAGUAAAUGUCAACCAGCUUGCCCAGUUCUACACUCCAUCGUAGUUCCACUUCUUGUGCAAUGAUUACCUUGUUUGUUAAAGCCUCUUCAGUGCCUAUCCUGUAUGGUAUUCCUCUGCCUUGUGUUCAGCCCCAUUCAUGCUGCCCUUUACUUGGUCACUUUUACACUCUCUAGUAGGUCAGCGAAUAUCAGGAGUUUUAGUGUCUUGGACACCUAAAGGUAGGGGAGGCAAAACAAUUAUCAAAGAUUGCUGGGUGUAAAACUUUGGGUGUGCGGAGAAAGUGUUGUAAUUUCUAAAAUAUUGAAAUGUUGAUCAAAGAAUAAGAGAGAAAAACUGCAUUCUUUACAUCUCUAUCCAUAUUGGGCUCUCUUUAAAAAUUUUGUCAGAUGUACAUUUGUUAUAAAGUUCAGAAAAAUAGCUUCUGUACCCAAGAGGCUUGCAUUUGAUUGAUUUGAUUGAUAUGUGGGGUUUAACGUCCCCAAAAUCAUCAUAUGAUUAUGAGAGACGCCGUAGUGGAGGGCUCCGGAAAUUCUGACCACCUGGGGUUCUUUAACGUGCGCCCAAAUCUGAGCACACGGGCCUACAGCAUUUCCGCCUCCAUCAGAAAUGCAGCCACCGCAGCCGGGAUUCGAUCCCGCGACCUGCGGGUCAGCAUCCGAGAACCUUAGCCGCUAGACCACCACGGCGGGGCGAGGCUUGCAUUCGAUGAAUGCGCAUUGACAAAUGUGCAUUUGACGAAUGUGUGUUGGCCUUAUGCACAAUCCUUUAGGUGACCUAUUCUACACCUUCCUAUUCGGAAGCAUUACACUCACUCAGCUGGCUUCUAAAGUUUCGAAAAGGGGUGUUCGUGAUAUUCAAGUCAGCUUAAGCAAUCAAAUGAGCUCUUUUUCUGAGUUGAACUAGGGAUAUGUUCAAAACACUUCAGCAGUUGACUUGCUUUGUUCUCUUUGCUAACGACAUUAACAUCAUAUUCAUGAUAGACAGUUCUCAAGAGAUUCGUCCACAUUUGAAGCUACAGUGCAGGCUUAAAAUGAACAAACAUCAAUGCUGAAUGUUUGUAAGUACAUAUACAGUUUUUACAUGCCCUAGAAUCUCAAUCUGCUGCCAUGUCAACAUCCAUUUGCUUGUUUAUAUUUUAGCCAUUUUCCCAUUGUUUACUAUGAUUGUGCUCUAUUGGAGAAAGCGGCAGAUUUCCAGAGCAAUGCAAAGACACUGCACAUGCUGGUUUUACCGGAAGGGUUGUUGAAACGAAAUUGAUCCAUCUGAGAUGUCACCGGUGCAUUCGAUAAAAGUGACAAUGGAAAGCAAUAACCAAGACAAAUGUACAAGGCACUAUUUAAUGAAUUAGUUCGGCACAAAACAUCUCUUUAUGCAUUUUUGUACAAUCUGUUAAGCUGUUGCUACUUGCCAGCACUUGAAACCUGUGCCCUGUUUCAAAAGCUCGACAUUUCAUUCAGCUUGUUCAAAAUAUUAAGAGUGCAUUCAUGUGGCCAAAAAUGAACUAAAAUAUUCAGGGCAUUAUUGACUGCAUUGUGUGUAGGUACAUGUAUUUCUUGUGUAACUCCGAAGCAGUCUCUUCACCGUAUGUCAGCCUGGAAAGAAACAUUGAAGCAUAAUCAUUUAAUGUUUUUGUAUUGGGAGCCAAGCAGGUUUUAUCAUUGUCAUAAAUGCUGACGUAGUCAUUCAUGCCUACAGAAACAUCAUUCGCUGCUCAUUAAGUUGCACAGUCAUCUCCGCUCUCAAAGUCUGUUCAUGUUAGUGAAUUGCUAAACCGUGUUGCAGUUCUCAGUUGCAUCUCCAGAAUUUUGACUAACCUAAUCAGAAGUUCACUUCAAGCAACUUCUUUCAUGUUUAGUCUAUGACAAAGCAACCUAGCUAAUCUUAGUUUAUUUGAAUUUGGUAUAGGUGGUUUAAUGGGGUUUUUUUUGUAAUAUUUAUGACAGGAGACACUGAAAUUUUUCAGGCAGCAUUGACUACUCCUAUUAUACGUGGAACUAUAGUAUCCAUAAAAUUCACUUUGCUAUUGUAGUAUUUCCCUUGAGCCUGAAAUGCACGUCGGUGUGUGCAGGCUUUUUGAAGUGCAGCUAGCGACCGUCUCUCGCAGCAGUUUUUUUUCCUGCUCAAUGCAAUCAUCUGAAAAAAAUGCCAUAUUUUGACAAGCAAAUGUAUGCUUGUUGUCAGCCGUUUGCUGGUGCUCGACUCUGAAACACCUGUAUUUAAGUACAAUUUGCUGGAAAUGGGUUAUCGCGUGCUGGGUGGUUUUCGACUAGUAUAGAACAUGAGCUGAUGCGUCAGCACAUUUCACGUCAAGGCGAAAACAGUGUAUAGUGACGUGGGUGGAUCGAAAAGACGUGAGACACGACCCGUCUCCAUCAUUGCGCACUGUUUUCGCCUCGGUAUGAACAACCAACUAACUCGAGAUGUGUUAUUACAUUUCAUGUGUCAACCGCUACACAUGCAGUUCAUCAGUUUGAACGAAAUUCGCAUAUGAAAUGUCUUGCUUGGUGACUAAAGGCAGACUGUGCCAUAUCACCCUGCCUUCUGUGUGACAUUGCACUCUGCAGGGUCAGUGUCAAUGUUUGUGCACUUGUUAAGUGUUAAACAGGUUGUAAUGAACCUUUGAAUUUUGUAUGUACCUGCAACAAGAGUUUAACUCCUGUUUUUUCUUGGCACCAGUUGGAAAUUCACAAAUCGCUAUCGUGGCCUAGAGGGCCUUUGAAGAUUUUUUCCAGUGUUUUUGUGUUGAUGUGAAAGGACGCUUUCUGUUGGUGUGCUCUUGUGUUUGUAAAUAGGCCUGGCACAAACAAUAUUGUCUUUAGUCGGGUCUCAUUGGUUAUCUCUAAAUAGCUCAAAGACAGCAGUGCAAAGCCCAUUUUCCACUUGGCCGGGACAUUUUAAGCUCACUGAAAAAAUACGGCAGGAAGAAGAUGCAAAUCAUGUUUUGAAAAGUUUGUGCUUGUACCAUCACAUGUGCACCAAGCCGCAGAAAAGUUAUAAACAUGAAUGUUUGGUUUCAAGCAGAAUCUUUCUCGAAUAUUGUGAUUCUCGAGGGCUACCUUUCAAACAUGUCAUGUCGCAUACUUCAGCUAGUUUCAUGACUCUGCUUGUGAGUUAUCAUCGCAACGUGUUACACUCCUACAACACCAUCACAGCACUUAGCAUUGCUUGUCCAGUCGAUAGUGUGUAUGUUUUGAGAAAAUCUUCAAGCAUAAAUUGCCUGUUAAUCUGGCCACUGCUCCAAGCACUGCUGUUUUUGAGUGUUGUCAUUGCAAUGCUUUUCUUUUAAGAAAUGCUCCCUCAAUAACAAGCCUCACUUGGUAUGGACCAACAGGGGGAUGUUAAAACCAUGGUCUGCAACAGUGAAUUUCUUUCAUGGACAAGUGUAGCAAGGGCUGCACUAAAAUACAGUAGACUCUCAGUAAAUGGAAACCUGUUAAGUGGAACUGAUGCCUAAACGGAACAACUGCCUCUGGCCGAAUUGGUUUCGUGUUUGUGUUCUGCACCCAUGGUCAUCUCUUGGUAAAUGAAACUCCUAUUAAAUUGAGCCUACUUUCCCGGUCUCUUCGGGUUCCGUUUACCGAGUCUACUGGAAUUCGUGUCUUGACAGGAUUAUCAAUUCAAACAUCAAAUUGAACUUACUGGUGCCAAACUAACAGUAGUUCACUCUUUUGUCCCUUUGCUACGGUCCAAACAAACAAUCACAUUUCGUGCAUACCUGUUUCUGAGACCCUGGUUUGUGAUUGAGAUGAAAGCCUUUUGGAUUAUGUGCAGUUGCACAUCAUUUUUCCUUUGUGUAUGUAAGAAAUGUGCAUUUUUUUUACUUAGAUGAGCAAUCACAGGCCAUAGGUGGUGCAAUUGAGAGGAAGAAAAUCUCGCACUGGUGCUGCUGCACCAUUGUUAGUGUAAAAUUUUAAAAGCAUUUUUCAUUAUUGUUUGUAGACUCGAGGCCGCUUGUGAUUUUGUGCUUCGGCACAUUUUUGUUACUUUGUUUGCGCUUUUAGGUUCAUGUACAGCAGGCAGAGUGCCGAAAGCCCAUUUUUAAAUGUUUGGGUAUCUUUAUAAGCCGUGCUACUUUUCGAACAACUUAGUGCAAGAUAUUUUCAUCUUGGUGCACUCCUGAAAUAAACAAGUUGUUGCAAUUUUAC